AUGGCUGAGAGCCCUACCAAGAGGUCUUUCCAGUCCAACGGUCAACUACUUCCCAACCAAAAAAUGCGCACGACCUGUAACGCCUGCCAACAAGCGAAGAUACGAUGCAGCCACACUUGCCCGUGUGAACGUUGCGAGAGUCACGGCUAUGAGUGUGUCUAUUCAAUCUCGCAGCCGCUGGGCCGACCUGCCAAGAAGAAGAUGACUCGGCCGGCAGCGGCGGUGGCUGGCUUCAAGACACGCAGAGGGGAGGCGGAGGUAGUUGACCGUCCGACUCGGCGAAGUGCGGGGAGGGCACCGAGGCCAACCCCAGAAGAAAGGGCGCAGAGGGCGCGAAGGGUUCCGAGUCGGAUCCCGAGUCCAGGUACAGCAUCCGGCUCGCGUCCUAGGUCAGGGGAAGGGUCGCAUAGGAGCGACUCCAGCGCCGGCACUGAAGUCACACCACCGGAGGAAGACCUUCAGCGGCCGAGUUUCACAGAGUUGUGCUUGGACGUUCCAGAAAACCACACAAAUGGAGACCGGAUUCAGGACCAGGAUUUCGUCAGUACAAACGAGGCUAAUAGCCACGUCAAUCCAGGAUUUGCCAAUACCAGCCUGGACAGCUCGUUUGAGCGAGCGGAAGAAUUCGAAAGUUCUGGGGGUCCCCGAUUUCCUGAGCCGCAUGUUGACUAUUCCACACAGUGUUGUUCUCCCCAAAUCGGGUUGAUGGUCGACGAGCCUCCCAUUGGAGCUGCACCGAGCACUCAGUCUGCGUCACUCUUUCAAGGUGGUGUAAUCUACCCCUUCAGCCUCGCACCGAACGCAAUUCAGGUCUCCGGAACAGUGCAGGAUCCGGCUAGAAUCAUGGAAUUGCCCUCCAAUGAAAUCUGGCAAGGUCCCGUUGACACUGAUCCCAGUCAAUAUCUUCCGACACGGGACAUUGACCUCGAGGCACUGCCGGAAGAUGCGUCUUCCCUUCACUGCAAUUGUUAUGCCCAAGCAUUCAGUGAAGUCGUUCGAUGCGACGAGGCCCAAAGGGCGUACACGACCUUGCACCACCUAGAAAGGGUGCAGCAACAGGGAGUGGUCAUCCUUCAAUGUCAAGUAUGCUUUGCUUCAAACGCCAGGGCUAGAAUCCUUACCUUAUUGGUCAUGGCAAUUGAGAAAGCGGCACGAUCUUUGAAGAUGCGCCGCUGUCUGUCUCAUCUGUCAAUUAUUGUCCGCUUUAUCCACCAAGAUCUUGAGUGCUCCUCAUCUUCAGGGUGGCACCUGAUAAUGGCCGACGAGACAGAUCGGCGGCUGCAGUCGAUUACUCGAAUAUUUGAGUGA